AAACUUAAAAAAAAACCAACUUAAGUCCAACUAAACGCCAGGCUAACUAACAAUACUCCUAACUAAAAUAAAACCCCCUAAGAAACCAUUAUAAGAUCAUCAAAAAAUCCAUUUGCUUAGGAUAUAUGUAUAGUGCGAGGCACGACAGGAUCAUCCGGUUAGUCGAGAGUAGUUUAUUCCUGGCAGGCGGCGAGGAAACAAACAAACACAACACAAAAUCUCGUAUCCACUUAACCGUAGGCAGGCAACAAAAAUAAACGCUAGAGAACCAACUGCAGCAGAGAGAAAAGGAGUGCGGUGACCAUCCCGUCGAAUGAUGUUAGACAUUAAGAAGACCAGAGGAUUCCACAAGAUUCCACAGGCAUCCAAAUUGCAGACAGCGACGGGAGCAACAUCAUCGGUAGCAGCAACAUUGGGAGCAAGUGCAACAGAGGUGCCAUCACCAGGAGGAUCUGCCUUAUCGGGACGGGGAACUGCUAGCCUAGCCACUCGUCUGAAAAACCCAGGGCCGGGCAAGCACUCGACAGUUCCUGAAGCCUCGGUGGCCGUCGUCGAUAGGACUCACGCCGCCCUGGCGGUAGCCAAAUACGGCAGAGGCGGCGGAGUAGCAACCCAGGUCCGCUCCACGACGGCGAGCACGGCGAACAGUCAAUCCAAUCCGGUGCGGGCUGCCAAUCAGCGUUACUUCUUAGUGUCCAGCUACAAGGAUCCCACAUUCCUGAAGGCCGAAUGCGAGUUGGCCCACGCACAGGUGGCAGCCAGCAAAGUGAAAAGCACGUCGCAGCCCCACAGACGGAGUCGAGCAGGUGAGGACUCGAGGAACAAUAACCAAAACGGUAGUCGGGCACCGGCGCUGGUUGAUAUGCGACGCACGCCCAUGUUCAAUGGCAAUCAGCAACCAACAACCACCGGCAGCAGCAGCACCACCAUCAACAACACCACCACCACCAGCAACGGAGUUCUCAAGUACAGUGCCCGCUCCACGACAGCAACAGCAACAGCAGCAGCAGCAACUUCCACGUCUACCAGGAGCUACGGCAAGCUGAAGCCGCUGAAUAACAACCAAUCAACCGCCGGAUCAGCUAUGAUGAACGGCCACGCCACUAACAAUAAUAACAACAGCACUAACCUCAACAACGGCGGCAAUAACAACAUGCAGCGUCAACAGGACCAACACGACGACAUUAGCUACAUAGACAGCGAUGAUCCGCCGGCAACAAGUGGCCCAGCAGGAGGCGGGGGAUCGACAGCCAAGGCGAGCAUAUGUUACUUCAAGCCCAUCACUCCCCCGAUGCAGCUGCGGCACCAGCAAACAAAUAAAGUGCAGCAACAGGAGCAGCAACCUGCUAGCUCGAAGACAGCCAGCCAUCGCUAUCCACGGCCCAAGUCCACAAUUAUAGCAUCGGCCCAAUCGAACUUCGCAGCCAGCUAUGAGAAGUUCAGUGGUGCUCUCUAUCGACAGGCCAAUGGCGAGUUGAACCCGGAGAGCAGGAGUAACAGCAAUGCCAGGCGAUAUGGCAUAGAUUCCUUGAGUAUCAAGGCCUCCAUAGAGAAGUUCAACAAUCUCAGUGGGCAGAAGAGGCAAGCUCCGAGCUCUUCAGCGGGUCUGGCAGGGUCUGGCAGUGGGACAGGCUCAGGCUCAGGAGUCGAGGCCGGGACCAGUCGCAGCAAUCACGCAUCGCAGGCAGGCGGGAGCAGCGGCAACCUGCAGCAACGCUACAGCAGCGACCUGGACAACAUCAGAGUGGCUGCGGGCUAUAGUAGUUCUCUAACCAGAGCAGCCUAUCGUACUACGGGCACGAUGAAUAGUGUUAGCACGCCGGUGGCGGCCACAUCUGGAGGAGGAGGAGCCGGCACUGCGGUGGUUUCGCCCAUUAACAAGGUGACGGUGAGAGGAGCCCACAGCAGCAGGCAGGCAAACGAAUGCCUGGCCAUAGCCACCAAGGUAAACAGCGAUGCAACGGCAGCAGCAACACCUAGUGUUGUCGGUACAACAGAAACACCAACACCAGCCACGUCUUCCGUCUCCACAGCCACAGCCACAGCCCCAAGCUCCGCCAGCGAUAGUACGGCGGCAAGAAGCGGCACUGGGAGUAGCAGCAGUGCUCGGAGCGUGCUGCCGCCCAUGACACCCACGUCGAAUCGCUACUGGGAUCGGGAUCGGGACAGCGGCACUAGCCGCAACAGCGUUAGCACCUCCUCCGCUCUCAACUCGUCAUCCCUGAAGCACAAUUCGGAUGAUGGCUACAAGAGCGCCUCGUCGUCGCGUGAUGAGAAGUCUGAAGGUCUGUGCGGUCUGCGAAACAUCGGGAACACUUGCUUCAUGAACUCUGUCAUCCAGUGUCUGAGCCACACUCAGGAGCUGACACGCUUCUUGCGGUCGCACCAUGGCUCCCGCUCGUCCUCCACCAAGGAUCAGCAGAUACUCCACGAAUUUGCCAAACUUAUCCAGGAGAUGUGGACGUCGAAUGUGCACACUGUGACGCCCAUGGAACUGAAGCGGGCCUUCUCCACCAAGCACCGCAUGUAUAGCGACUAUAACCAACAGGAUGCGCAGGAGUUCCUGCGUUUCUUCCUCGACUCGCUGCACUCGGCCCUAAACUCGGGCGUCAAGGGUGAGACGCUCAGCAUUGACGAUAAUCUCAGUGACAAUAAGAAGGCAGACCUGACCUGGGAAUGGUAUACGCGGCACGAGAACUCGCUGGUGCGCGACCUCUUUGUGGGUCAGCUUAAAAGCACCCUGAAGUGCACCACCUGCGGCAACACCAGCGUCACCUUCGAUCCGUUCUGGGAUCUAAGCGUACCGCUGCCGUCCUCGUCGCGUUGUAAGCUGGAGGCCUGUCUCGACCUCUUUAUCCGUGAGGAGGUACUCGACGGCGAUGAGAUGCCCACGUGCGCCAAGUGCAAGACGCGGCGGAAAUGCACCAAGAGCUUCACCAUUCAGCGUUUCCCCAAAUAUCUAGUUAUACACCUAAAGCGCUUUUCGGAAACGCGCUGGAGCAAGCUGUCCAACAUCGUUGAGUUCCCCACAUCGGACAGCGAGCUGAACAUGGGCUCCUAUGGCGCCAACUCUAACUCGAAUGUGCAUUACUCGCUCUAUGCGAUAUCCAAUCAUAUGGGCUCAACAGCUGGCGGUCAUUAUGUGGCUCUUUGCAAGCAUCCCGCAUCCCGCAAGUGGCAUGAGUUCAAUGAUAAUAUCGUCAGCGAUGCCUUGUCCGAAAACCAUCUCGUUUCAUCCAGUGCCUAUAUUCUUUUCUACGAGCGUGCGUAAGGCCCAAUUCGUGCCCUACGGCAACCGUCAGGUGCAGUGUUGAUGACGAUGUCCCAGAUCCAGAUGUCCCGGCGCACUCCUCAGAUCGGGAUGGAAACCAGGAUGACCAUGGGAGCGGGAUGAGAGCGAGAGGAAAUGGAACAACCAACAAACGAACUCUAAGAAACGCUUCGUAGAAUUGCAUACAAACAAAUUUACUUAAUUUAACUCAACUUAAAAGCAAAACAGAACUAACUCCUAACUUAAAGCAGAAACCAAAAGAAAAACGGAAUAAAAGUGCAUACAAAACGAGGAUUAAUGUACAUAUAAAAAACGAACUUCGAUGGCUUAACGAAACAAGUAAAAGAACAAUAAUUAAAAUCCGACGAAAAACAAUGAAUCUGUGCAAUAAACAACUUUCGGCAAACCAAAAAA